AGACCGACGCCGGGACCGCGAUUGGCUCGAGUGGGGCUGAGAGCGAAGGGGCUGAGGUGGUCGGUCGUCGCCGCGGGAAGGUAGUGGGGGCGAAUUUCCCACCGAGGAGCGGCAGUGCCCGUCCGUCCCCGGGGGGGGGCCAGGCGGUGACGUCGACGGGCGUAACGGGCAACGCCACAGAGUCCGGAGAGCUCGGCGAUUCGCCUUGGACGGAGCGCGCCCGGGACGUCGCGCUGCCGCGGAAAACGGCCGCCAGGCCUAGCGGGGAUUCGGCAUGAUUUUCAGGAACUCCUGUGUAUUAUAUGUUUAGCAGCAUCCUUGACCUCUACCCAUAGAUGCCAGUAGCAUACCCUCCCCCAAUUGUGACAACAAAAAAUGUCUUCAAACAUUGCAGAUGUUUGCCCCUGAGAGGGUAAAUCUCUCCACACUGAGAACCUCUGCUCAACCUUGACUUCUGCCCCUGGCUGUUUAUACAUCAGGAAUAUACAUUUACAGUACUUUCAAGGUUACUUUAUGCUUACUUCUGAGGUUUACAUAGCAUAUAGAUAAAAUUGUUCUCUUAUGCUGAUAACAUCUGUGAGACCGCUCGAGAAAAUCGACGAUCAAUGGAAUGAUGAUGGUGAUGAUGAUGAUGAUGAUAAACAUCUGUAACAGUUUUCAUCCUAUGGCUCAUCUCCUUUUGCAUUUGGGAAUCACAACUUAUCUUUCUAUGCUGUGGUUUUAUUGUUGUUGUAAGUAGGGAAAUCUAAGUUCAUUUCAAGGCAGUCGAAAUGGGGAAAGACUAUUAUUCCAUUUUGGGAAUUGAAAAAGGAGCUGCAGAUGAAGAUAUUAAAAAGGCUUACCGAAAACAAGCCCUCAGAUUUCAUCCGGACAAGAACAAAUCUCCUCAGGCAGAGGAAAAAUUUAAAGAGGUCGCAGAAGCGUAUGAAGUAUUGAGUGAUCCUAAAAAGAGAGAGAUAUAUGAUCAGUUUGGGGAGGAAGGGCUAAAAGGAGGAGCAGGAGGUACUGAUGGACAAGGAGGUACUUUUCGAUACACAUUUCAUGGCGAUCCUCAUGCUACAUUCGCAGCAUUUUUUGGAGGUUCCAAUCCCUUUGAAAUCUUCUUUGGAAGACGGAUGGCUGGUGGUAGAGAUGCUGAUGAAAUGGAAGUAGAUGGAGAUCCUUUUAGUGCUUUUGGAUUCAACAUGAAUGGCUAUCCAAGAGACAGGAAUUCUGUGGGACCUUCCCGUCUGAAACAAGAUCCUCCAGUUACUCAUGAACUAAGAGUAUCACUUGAAGAAAUAUAUAAUGGUUGUACUAAACGGAUGAAGAUUUCUCGAAGAAAACUAAAUCCCGAUGGAAGGAGUUUCAGAACUGAAGACAAAAUUCUCACCAUUGAGAUUAAAAAGGGAUGGAAAGAAGGCACCAAAAUUACUUUCCCAAGGGAAGGAGAUGAAACACCAACUAGUAUUCCAGCAGACAUUGUUUUUAUCAUUAAAGAUAAAGAACAUCCAACAUUUAAAAGGGAUGGAUCAAAUAUAGUUUAUAAUGCCAGAAUUAGUUUACGAGAGGCAUUGUGUGGCUGCUCAGUUAAUGUGCCAACGAUGGAUGGAAAAAGCAUACCUAUGUCAAUAAAUGAUAUUGUGAAGCCUGGAAUGAGGAGAAGAAUUAUUGGAUAUGGACUGCCAUUUCCCAAAAAUCCUGACCAACGUGGUGACCUUCUAGUAGAAUUUGAGGUUGUCUUCCCAGAUACUAUAUCCUCAGCAUCCAAAGAAGUACUUAGGAAACAUCUUCCUGCCUCAUAGAUUGAAAAACUUUGUUACCCAUAUUUUGAUAAGGCACUGAAAAUACAAAAGGACUGGCAGUUUACUGAUGUAGAUGUGAAUUCUGUAUAAAAAUGUAUAAAUUAUUUUGAGAGAUCAUUCAGUUGCAUGAAUAGAGAUGGGUCAAAUAAAUAGGAGUGAUUUUUACAUUACAGAGAUCAAGGGAAAAAGCAUUCAUUGUAUUUUAUUUCUCCCAAAUCAAAAAUUUUAAUAUCUGCUUACAUGUAAAUUUUUUUUUGUGGAGUUUGUAGAUCUAUUUCUAAUAAAGUACUAGACUCUCCAGGUAUUUUAUUUCUUCUAUCUUUGCAUUAUCAGUAUGAUUGGUUCUUAUUUAUAAAGCAAAUUUAGAUUCUUGGGGCCUGAGUGGUAAUACUCAGGGCAUUUGCCUUGCAUGCAGCCAACCUGGAUUCAAUCCCUGGCAUUCGAUAUGGUUCCCCAAGUACUGCCAGGAGUAAUUACGGAGUGCAGAGCUAGGAGUAACUCCUGAUGAUCGCCUCCCCAAAACUUAAUUAUACCAAAAAUAUAAUACCAAUUUCUAGAGAAGAUAUCCCAGUCAUUUGGAAAUGUUAACUAUUAUUUUAGUCACUGUUUUAAAUGCUGCUGUAGGGCUGGUUCCAUUAAAUAAUAUCUUGAUGCAUAUGUUUUACCAUUUUGAUUUUUAAAGUAUGUGGUUGUAUUUCUUAAUUACAUAUUUGUUAUGCUCUUAAGACAGACCCUUUCUUGAUAAAAAUGAAAUUAAUGGCAACUUGUCUCCUGUGGAAAUUCCAAUUACCUGAAUUACUGGUAUUUUAGAAAUAGACUGUUUUUAAAAUGCCAGUGGACUUUUAUGCAAGUUUAUUAUGUAUCUUGGACUUAAUAAAUUAUCUUAUUGUCCACUAGUUUAAUUUGUUUAAUAAGUAAAGUGUUUGAGAAAAUAUUGCUACUCAGAAUUAAUUUUCCAGUUUAUAUUCUUCUAUAACUUAUGCUAUAUAUAUUUUAUGUAAUUUCUCUAAAAAGAAUGAACUGCCACUAUGGUGUUAAACCAAAACAUGGAGAAAAUAAACACUAGCUGCUGCUUAUGAAUGAUACUGCUACUACUUACGCAUAUAAAAUGCUUUACUUUUUCAUAAGUAUAAAUUGUAUUUCUUAGGUGUUUUAGUUUUAAAAAUAUAUUUACAUUAAAAUGGGUUUGUUUUGUUUUAUAACUAUAAGAAUGAUAUUUUGAAACAACAUUGUUGGUUUUAAAAUAACCUUUGGGAUUAUAUAUAAAGUUAUACCAAAUCCUGCCUCUUUAUGCAGAAAAUGAAGUAUGAAGAAUGAAUAAAUAAUAAAUAGGUUGUAAUUGACAUGGA